UAAGCGUCCUAGACAACGAACAUGGCGGACGCAGCGGAAAAUGACACAAUUAAAAAUAAAGAAGAAAAGACGACUUUAAACAAGGAAAAGGUAAAGAAAGAUGAAGAGAAUGAAAAAUUAAAGACAGGGACACAGGAAAGUACAAACACACACAACAAACUUCCAGAUGAUGUCGCCUCUCAGGAUGCUUCUAAAAAUGAAAACACUAAUAACAGUGCGCAAAAUAAGGAUAUAAAUGCAGAAAACUCUGAUACUGUUACUGCAAAUAAUGAUGCUAAAGCUGAAAAUGUAAAUAAUACAGAUGCUGACAAGGAAAAAACUCGAGGAGAUAACAAAAGCAAACAAGACAAUAAAACUGACAGAAAGACUGGACAAAAAUCUGUUGAAAAUGGACCUGUAAAUGUAAAGUUGGUUCAAGGGCAUUAUAAAACACACACUAAAUCAACAUUACCACAUGUCCUUGCAGAGUAUGGACUGGAAGACAAGGACCAUCCCAAGAAGGAAAAACGGAAGAAGAGAAAGAAAAAGGUUGAAGUAGCCAGUGACAAUGAGGAUGAUGAAAAAUCUAAGAGAAAAGCGAGGGAUGAGAUAUUCCGUCAUGUAUUUAGCAGUACACGUGAGACAGAUAAUUAUUAUUCAGAGUACAUUGAUUUUCUCGAGCAGAAAGUUAUACAACAGAGACAGAAAGCACAGCGUGACCUGGAAGAAGCGGAGAGAUUAAGAGCUCUUAAACUGGAAAAAGAGAGUGAGGAGGAGGUGAAAAAGGUCCCAGAAGCUCCGCCCCUGGAGCCAGAGUAUGUCAGAGAGAGCAAAUCAAUGAAACAAAAGAGACGAUAUGUGAGAAAAUUGGAGAGGGUAGAACUCAAACAUGAUGACAGUUUUCUCAGAGAUAUACCUAAAACAGACACUGCCAGGAUUUUACUCGGACCUACUUUCAGACCUUGGAUCAUUGCAUUACAAGACAAGUUGAAGAAAGAGGGUAAAUUGAAGACACAGUGUGAUGUGGACAAGUUUUGGAAUGAUAUCAGAAAACCUCACGUGUUUUAUGAGCACUUUAAAGUCCACAAAAAAGAUGCAGGUCCUUUUGAACCAAGCCAUGAGAAUGACUCACACUCUGACUCUCAGGAAGAGCAGGAGGGACAACCUGGUCCUGAGAUGGCUCCACGGUCAUUGAGUCACAUAUCUGAAGCCUCAAGGGACAGAGAACCUUGGGCUAUCACACAGAAGUUCCAGACUUCACAUGGACCUAAAACUCCUAUACCAGAGAGAAAAAGGAGAGAUUCUAUACAAAUGGCAAAGGAUGCAGCGGUAGACCUGGAGAAAAGAUGUCCCAAGCUUGAGAUGCCACCAUUAGCAUGCUUUUCAUUGAAACUUGGAAAGAAACCACCAGAUCCAGAAGAGAUAACCAAAAACUUAGAUAUAAAGGCUCGGGAAAAAUCACGUAAGAAGUUCCAGCGCAAGUUGAACAAGAUGUAUCAAAUGGCAAUGACAAACACAGCCGCAGCAAACAGAAUACUGGCACAGCAUGGUAAUAUCACCAACAUUCUUGAGGGCGCAGCUUUAAGAGACUUGCGGAAUUUUUGUUGUGAACCUAGAGAAAUAAGUCACAUAUCAGAACUAGCAGUAUUUGAUGAGCCAUAUCCCACCUUGGAAGAUUAUUACCGUGAUAUAACAGAUCCAAGCCGAGCCCUAGAAGUGCACCCUGAUGUUGACAGACAGAGUAUUGGGAGUCGGUCUCAGCCCAGUACCAGACAGUCCAGUGCUGCAAGUCGAAAACUCACACCAAUCAGUGACACAUCCAGUAGGGCAGGCUCUAAAACACGGAAAAAGAAGAAAUCACCGGAGAUGAUAGAGUUUCCUGUACCAUUACCACUGUCCUUUGAUGAAGUCACUACCAAAGAAAAAACAAUGGAACCAAAAUGUGUGAGUACCUUAUGGACAAACUACAUGCAUGCAGGGAAAAGUGUCUUUUCACAAUAAUAGUGCAGUUUAAUCUCCAGCCUUCUACAGCAGUUCUUGUCAUUUAUUUUCAAACAAAAAUUAACUUCCUGAUAAUAAUAAAAGACUACAAAGCAGAUUGUGUUGGGCAACAUUAUUUUCAUGUUGUAUCUUGACCAUAAGAUUUACAUUUACUAAGUUUCAAGGAAAAAGCUAUUUAUAUACAAUUGUAAAAUCAUAUAUUUCACGAGGAAAAGCUGUGUUAUCCCUUUUGGAAGUUGAAGAUUUCAUUUCAUCUUAACCAAAUUUUAUUCUCCAACUAUUCUUGGACCCAAAUUAAAGCAUUCAGUAUUUGCUCAAUAUAAGUCCUUUUCUAAAAUAUUUUACUCUAGAUCUUCGCAGUAAUCAAUUAAAUAGAUUAAUAUAAGGAUAUCAGAUGUUUUUGAAAUGCAAGAUGCAGAAAAUAAACCUAAAUGUGUUGGUUCCUAUCAUAUAAUUGUAUACUUAAAGGACCAAAACCAAAACAAUUCAGUCGUUGUUUUGAAAAAAAAAACAGUAUUCAGGUUUAGAAAUCACUAUGUUUAUAUUGGCAAUAUGCAGUCACAGAUGUUGUGUGAACAGAAAUACUGCACAAAAAUGUUUUGUGAAAAUAUGUAGUAUAUAAUUAUUGUGCUGUGAUAAGUGUUUUGUUGUGAUAUAAUAUUUAAUAAAAUGUGCCGCGCCAUGGGAAAACCAACAUAGUGGCUUUGCGACCAACAUGGAUCCAGACCAGCCUGCGCAUGUUCACUAAUGGUUUCUCUCAUUACAAAAGGCUUUGAAAGCGAACAGCAUGGGUCCUGACCAGACUGUGCGGAUGCGCAGGCUGGUCUGGAUCCAUGCUGGCCGCAAAUCCACUCUGUUGAUUUUCUCAUGGCGCUGCUCAAAUGUCAUGUUCUGUUACCCCCUGUAUGUUAUAUACCUGUACAUCAAAUACCUUCUUAAUCCAGCAUGUAUUCCUUUUAUCAUUUUUGAAGAAAAAAAACAACAGUGGAUAACAGUUCAUUACACUUGUUACUUAUAUUUUAUGUUGUUAUUGUCAUUUACACACACACAGUUAUUUUAAAAUAAAAUCUAAUGCAAAUCAGUUA